AUGGGGUCUCCAUUUAGCAAGAAGAAACCAAAGAUUACACAACAGGACACAGUAGUUCUGGUAUUGAAGGAUCAGAGGGACAAGUUAAAACAAUACCAGAAAAAGAUACAACUGAAUCUUGAAAAAGAAAGACAAUUGGCAAAAAAGUUGUUGCAGGAAGGAAAGAAAAAUGAAGCAAAGCUUCUGCUUAGGAAGAGGAAAUACCAAGAGCAGAUACUGGAGAGGACAGACAGCCAGCUGGAGAACUUAAAGGAAAUGAUACAAGAUGUUAUGCAUGCUGUUAAGUUGGCUUGGCUUGAAAUUCAAGUGGCUGAUGUACUGAAACAAGGAGAUGAAAUUCUGAAGAAAAUGCAAGAGAUAAUUAGCAUCAAAGAUGUAGAGAAAAUGAUGGAUGAAACCAAGGAAGGAACUAAAUGCCAGAGGGAGAUUGACCAACUUUUAUGUGGAAGUUUGACUCAGGAAGAUGAAGAUGCUGUGUCACAAGAAUUGGAGGAGAUGACAUAG